AUAAUCUAUGGAAGGACAAUAGUCACUAUUACAAAGGUCUUGUAAUAGUGCUUUAUAAACAUUUUACAUACCACUAAAAUAUAAAUAUAAAUUACUCUCUUGUCUUGCCUGAUCUCCUUAGGGUUUUGAUCACGCUAGAUGAAGUGUCGGUGAACGUUAAGCUAAACACGUCCGAAGGGCAAGAGCGAACGCGUUCACUCCAAAAAUGGCAUUAAUAAGGAGAGCUUCUCACGCUGGUAGUUGGUACUCGGACAACGGUCCGGAAUUGAGUAAACAAUUGGAGGGUUGGCUGAGUGCAGCUGAUUUAUCCCAUGGACCAGCGAGAGCAAUCAUUGCCCCGCAUGCAGGAUACAGCUACUGCGGGGCAUGUGCCGGGUUUGCUUACCGACAAAUUAGUCCUGUAGUUGUCCGUAGGAUAUUUAUUCUAGGCCCUUCUCAUCAUGUGAGAUUACCAGGUUGUGCUCUAACUUCGGCUUCCAUUUACCUAACUCCAUUAUAUGAUCUACACAUUGAUCAACAAGUGAGAAGAGACCUUGAAGAAACUGGUCACUUUGAGUGCAUGGAUCUGAAUACAGACGAGGAGGAGCAUAGUAUCGAAAUGCAGUUGCCGUUCAUCGCCAAAGUCAUGGAAGCAUUUAAGAACUCGUUUACCAUAAUCCCAAUCUUGGUGGGAUCGCUGAGCCCGGAAAGGGAGGCGCUUUACGGGAGACUGUUAGCACCGUACAUGGCCGAUCCGCAGACGUUAUUCGUCAUCUCCUCCGACUUCUGCCACUGGGGACAACGUUUUCGCUAUACUUACUACGAUAGAUCGUGUGGGCCUAUACACAGAUCUAUUCAGAACCUCGAUAAGAUGGGUAUGGACAUUAUAGAGACUCUGAAUCCGGCGAUGUUCACCGACUACCUUAAGAAAUAUAACAAUACUAUAUGCGGCCGACAUCCGAUAGGUGUUUUACUGCAGGCGAUUCAUAGUCUUAAAGGAAACACGAAUGGCCAAAGAAUGAACCUGAAGUUUUUGAAAUAUGCUCAAAGCAGUCAAUGCAACAAUGCAAACGAUAGUUCUGUCAGUUAUGCCAGUGCUUCCUUGGUCCUCGAGUGAUAAAACACGAUCCGUGUGUACAUGAUUAUUGGUCGUCGACCAGUACAAACAUUUCUUUCAAAUGGAAUGAACGUUCGACGGUUAAAAAUAACAGACACCCUGUAAAUUAAAUUGAACAACACUGGGGAAGGAGGUCGAGAAGUUUUAUAAGAAUAACGCGAAGGGAAGGCGAAUCUAAACUGCUACGUUUAAUGUUACUCGCGUCGUAUGGCUAUCACGCAGCAGGUGGUGGGACAAGUGUUAAUUCUUGUAUCACGUCUAACAGAUGGAACCGUUUAUAUAAACGCAUUUCGGUUUAUUACUUACAAAGAUGUGCAGUACUUCCAGAUUUCAAUAUGUACGUGGGAAGGAGCUUAAAUAUUUCUUUGCUUUGGUUACUGGUACAGUUAGAGUAGAUGUUAUAGCAAAGUGUGUUUCAUGUGCCUCUUCCAAAAGAAACAAAAAACCAAGAACGAGAGAGAGUUGAUUUUGAAUCGUCGUCAAAAGAGUGAGUUUUGCUAUUAUUACCAGACGAGAUUAGUUAAAAAUAAAUUUUCUUGUGUUAAGUUUGUAAUUGUUUAAAUAAGAUUCUAGAUAAUUAGACUAUACGUUAUACAAUUAAAGGUAAUAUAAUUUGUGGUGCUUAAAUUUUGUUACGUUAAGUUACGAUAGGUACAUUACUGUGUUCGAGAUUGGCACAAGUCAUUUAGAUCGAUUAGAAAAAAAAA